AUGAAAAUGCAGGAAAUUAUUUUUUUAAGAAAAAAAGAGAAGACAAAAAAAUCCCGGAGGGAAACAAAAAAGAGAGAGAAUGAUUUGUAUUUUUAUAAUUUUUUGUACAUAAAAAAGACAAUAAAUUUCAAUGAACUGAGUUGUUUAUUAUUUUUUUUUUAUUUUUUUCUCUCUCAUUAUAUAAAUAAUUUUUAUAAAAAUCUAACAAGUAAUUCAUGUGUAUAUGCAUAG